CUUGCUUUGCUCUCCCGCUCCUACCCCCAUCCUCAAAUACUGUUGCCAAGGCCCGGUCCAUUGCUCCUUGCUACCUGACAUCGCUUUUUCUGUGACUUUCUAGAGCUAUUCUGAUAUUAACUCAUAACCGCGACCAUGCGAGCAACCUUUUCGGACUCCGACGCUGGCGCCACAGAUCUUGGGGAGCUUUUGAUGCAUUCCGCAAAGAGGGCAAAGAAUGGCGAAUUAUUUUGGCCCUUUGGGAUCCUGUGCCGGCUAUUGACUCGGGAUCGCAUCGACCAUGUUCUACAGUCUCUAACAAUAUUUCUUAACGGCAGGCCCUCAAACUUCACCGUUGACAUGAUUGGGCCUAUAUACGAGUCGGCAGAAGUCGCACCCGGCUUGGAGGAACCUAUACGGCAUAAUGAAGUAGUUGCUCUUCGGGAUGAAGGCCAACGACGUCUCCGAAUCCUCGCUAUCCUCCUCCUCCUCGACAGACUACAGGACAUUCUCGACUUCGUAGACUCUGGUGUAACCGACGCUGAUCUUCCGCUAGAGAUCGACGAGGAGCACUCAGCAAUCCUAGCCAACGGCAGGGCGACAUCUCUGGGCUGUUUGCUUCUCUGGAGACCAUUCUUAAAAAGGUCCUUCUUGCGGGAACAAUUCUCGGUAAAGACGAAAUUCUUCGAAGAGCCUACAAUCGAUACAGUGCAUCAUUAUAGACUUGACGAACAAGACAUUCUACCUUUUUUGGAGGCGGACGACACGCGAUCUCUGGCUCCCAUGACUGGAGCUUUUGGGGAGAUUGUCUCUGUAAUCAUCGACCCUCUGUCACAUAACUUUCAAAGGCUACUCAAUGACAUUUCAAUCCAGUCCCGAGUCUUCGCUGUUAAGCAGCUCUAUAGCGGCGAAGCCGUUACCAAACAGGAUUUCUGGCGGGAGGUUUCUGCCCUCCGGAGGUUCAAUGGGGCUUUUCACAAUCGCCACCUCGUUACAAUCCUCACAACUUACGAACAGAAUGGGCGGCUUCACAUCGUUUUCCCGCUUGCAAAAGGCAGCCUGCCCACCUACUGGAGAGUUGUCCCUGGCUCGCUCGCUCAGCCAACUGCGCCAGACACCCGCGGCCUCCAGUGGCUCGCGGCUCAAAUCCUGGGUCUCGCAGAGGCCCUGAAGUUUGUCCAAAACCCGGAAGAGGACGUAUUUGGCAUACAUGGAGACGUCAAGCCUUCUAAUAUUCUCUGGUACCCAAUUGAGACAUCCUCCGAGACAUCUUCUGGACGCCUGGUACUCUCUGAUUUCGGUGCCUCCACCAUCUACCGCCGACACACUAACCUAACUAAGGCCUUGGCCGUUACUGCCACGUACCGCCCUCCGGAAUUCGAUUUCAUUGAUAGACCCAGGUCGCGGACCUGGGAUAUCUGGAGUUUUGGCUGUGUCCUCCUUGAAAUGGUCUGCUGGGUCUUCGACGGAAUCGAUGGUGUCACCGCCUUUUCAGCAGACAGAAUGUCAAAUAUGGUGGACCAUUUUGAGGAUGCCUUUUUCAAAGUACUGAACCAUACAGGACCAGAGAAGCCUUCUGUAAUCAAGGUCAAAGAACAAGUGACGCGGAAGAUUUCGGCUCUCCACGCUGAUCCACGCUGUUCUAGCUACAUCCACAAGUUGCUGGAUCUGAUAGAACAUGACAUGCUCAUCGUCCAGGCUUCGGACAGAGCUUCCGUAUCUGCGGACGCGGGCGAUAUAAAUUUAACAGCUCACGUGGCCGGAAUUGACGGUUCCAAAGGAGACCCCGUACCUGAGUACAUAACGGCUACUAAGACGGAGGUGGCUCGGCUGCAUAGGAUUUACGCCCCCGAGCUGGUUGAGCGCCUCAAAUCGAUUAAUAGCAAGAAUGUUAGCCCAGGAGCAAAUGGAGCAAGCUCGGGUCGUCGGCAAGACGACCUUGGCAAUAUCUUUGUCGCUCCAGCGAUCUAUGCGAAUCCGGGGAAGGCGCUCUAUACAGUUGCUUGGCCAAGCUAAGCCGGGGCUUCAGCCAAGAUCGCCAAACCACCCCAGGUCUGGCGAGCCCCCACGAAACAA